AUGUCUAGCUUCUGCGGGCUCAACGGCUCUCCACCCACAGCCUUCGACGACAUAAGUAUUAUCGGCAUGCCUUUCGGAGAAAAGAUAUCUCAAUACAAAAUCGAAGAAUUGCCUGCUCCAGGCGGGCCAACACCUUCUAGUAAUAGAAGGAAGGGGAGCGGGACGAGGUUCUUUUCAAGAAAGAAGUUUACGAUGCCGUCACUCUUUGAAAGCCUGCCUAUAGAGAUCGUCAACAACAUGACUAGGUACCUUCCUGACGGGCUCGAAAUCAUCAACCUCCGCAAAGUGUCGAGAACAUUUUAUAAUAUAUUUUCCUGCCACGAUUUGGUUUCAAGAGCCCUCGUUCAACAUUAUCCUUAUUCGCGUGAAUCACAGCUCCCGCACCUUCAACGUACAAAAGCCGUUUACGACAGGGUCGCCCGCCGUUCUUACACACAACCACGCCGUAAAUACCCUUCUAGGAAGGAGUAUGUAGAUUGUUCCCCUAUUUUCUGUGAUGAUGAAGAAGAGGUGCUGGUUUAUCGUACUGCAGAGCAGAUAUUAACCAAGGGGUGGGCGGGUUGGCUAUGGGAUAUGAGGGAUGACAAAAAGGUAGAGGUGAAGCUUGUUGAUGGAGCUGCGAAAGUCGGCGGCUGUUACAAUGAGAACGGAGAGUUGUAUGAGAGUGCAGUUGUGCGAGACGUGUCAUGUUGGAGUGGGAGAGGGGUUAUGGUACUACAUGGGCAUCAUAUACACCACAAAUUCGCAAAUGAUAAAGAUGCUCGGAGGGGGGAAUACACGGGGGUUGAAUUGGCGCUAGGAAAUUUUGGGAUCCAAAUAGCUCCAAGAAGAAUGAAACACGCCCACACAUUCAUUCAAAUCUAUUCACUCCAACGCUCCAAUUUUGGCCAGCUCAUCUCCUCUUUCAGCUUCUGCGGCAAUACCGUCCUUGCACAUGCCACCUGCAAUAAGAGGCGGCAACAACUCAACGGUGAUGACUUGCGUAUACUAGAAUGGCGAUUUGAAAGCGAUAUCAAACCCAUAUAUCGAGACCCUGAAGAGGGAGAAGAAGUGAGGUUGACAUGGGUGGGGAGCUAUGGGCUGAACGGCACUCGAGAGUAUAGGGUUGGUCUUGAUGAGUUGGAUGAAGCUGGAAUUUUCAAAGGGGAUGAAUCUCCAGUCAUGGUAGAGUGGAAGAUCGAUACGUUGAAUACACACCUACAACCGGACGGCGCAUUUGAGAGCUCAAAGCCAACGCUUUUCUACGCCCCAACCGAGUUUAAUAAGGGGGGAGUUUUGGGACUGCCAGAACAGACUAUAGGGUGGGACGAGUUGCGAACUAAAAACGACGCUGUAAAGUGGCCAGUGGCAGUAAGUCCGUAUAGGUCCUUUAAUCAACCGGAACCUAAGAUGAGUGUUCUGAGGUGGGGCGCACGUAGUGGUGUAAACGGAUACUACACCACCGAUCCUAGCGAAAUGGUAAUCGAUUACCGUAAGACUGUCACUUUAUGGUACGAUAGAAGCUGGAACCCGAAGUUAGAAGGGCACAUUGUCACUCGCGGAACACUCAUAUCUCCGAGGUGGCGGUCAGUGUUGGAUAAUAUGUGUGAAAGCACAGGAGUAGGUUUCAAAGCUGAGAACGCGGACGAAACCGCCGCAAAGCUAUUGAUGUCACGUAAAGAAACAGCUCGAGCAACACAACGAAGAAGAGAAAGAGAGAGGCAAAAGCGAGGACCAGUGGAUAACGCAUUUUUCCAUGAAGGGAGUGGAUGGAUUCUCUACCUACUAAGAGCGGAGCGAGAAGACUGGAGGAAAGAAGAGGAAAGGAAGAAAAGGAUGCAAGAAAACCGUGCGCAGUGUGGGCUUGAAACGAAUUUGAGAGAGCUUCUGGUCAGCGAUGGCAGCGAGGAGGAGGCAUAUUUUACAGGGCCACUAUCAGAGAGUACAAGCGUGUUGGUAUAUUUGAGAUUCUAG